AUGCCUUUCCUAAAUAUAGAAAUUAUUGGUUGGGCUACAGUCGCAUAUAUUAUAUAUCGAUGGUUAUUAUCAUUUUAUAAAAUCAUUUAUCCGUACCUAAUCGCCAAACCUAUUAAUUUAUUAGAAGCUGCGGGUAGCAGAUGGGCAGUAGUCACUGGUGGCAGUGAUGGAAUUGGCAAACAAUAUGCAUUUGAACUUGCACGUCGAGGCUUUUCCAUUGUGCUUAUUGCACGUUCGAAAUCCAAAUUGGAAGAUGUAAAGAGAAAAAUUCAAGAAGAAACGGGAGUUGAGAUGAGUUUAAUCUUGGUUCAAGUAAUUGUUUUUGAUUUCUCAUCAGCAAAUCUGGAAGAAUAUGAAAAAAAAAUAUUUCCGGAAUUAAAAAACCUGGAUAUCGGCAUCCUAAUAAAUAAUGUUGGAGUAAGUUACGAAUAUCCCGAACUCUUACACAAAGUAGAUGGAGGUUUGAAUACUAUCGCAAAUGUUAAUAUCGUGAACUCUCUUCCAUGUGUCUUGCUAUGUUCCGUUGUACUGCCACAAAUGCUUGAAAGGAAUAAAGGAAUUAUUGUGAACGUAUCUUCAGCGGCUGCAUAUCUACAAACUAUUAUGUUAGCAGCAUAUUCUGCAGCGAAGAAAUCUCGUCCAUCUUUAUUUGCUCCAUCACCGGAAAAUUUUGUUAAAAGCGCGAUAAGUACGAUCGGUAUAACUAGUGAAACAACUGGUUGCUUGGCUCAUCAAGUGCAGGUGUUGGUUUCUGUUUUAUCUAUUUUCUUGAUUUUAAAUCUCAGUGCGAAACAUUCUAGCAUAAUUUAA